UUAAAAAAUCAAAGUUAAAUUUACGCGAAAACAUGGAAUCGGCAACACCUUCACCAGAACAACUUCGUUUCUUGAUGCUAUACUGGUUUCGGGUUCAUGGAAACGCAACUAGGGCAACAUCCGAAAUCAAUGAUGUCUUUCCAGGCGCCGUAACCAUCCGUACUUGUCAACGGUGGUUUCAACGAUUCAAGAGUGGUGAUCUCAGUCUUGAAGAUAAACCGAGAACUGGAAGGCCUCAAGAGGUCAGUAAUGACGAUUUAUUGGAAGUCGUGGAAGAAAAUCCACGAGUCACUACUGAUGAAUUGGCGAUAAUGUUUGAUUGUUCGAAUUCGACAAUAUUCGAACAUCUUAAGUCGUUGGGCAAAAAAUGCAAAGCUGGU